AGCUAGAAAAUAAGGAAAAAAAGAUUAAUAAUCGAGAAGCAAAAAGAUAACAAACGGAGCUUGAUUGAUAAAGACAUAGACAACAAGAGGCAUUAAAAUUUUGUUUCAAAGGCCAACAGAAAGAAACAAACCUUUUAAACCUCGCAUUUGUCUCUAACCCUUGAUUGGAUAAUAAAACAGUUCAAAUGGAAAUGGAACUGACCUCAGAUUCUCUGGGUGAUGGCGCCAUUAACGAAGAGGAGGUAGGAUUAUUUGAUUCAGCCUCGAGAUCACCACCACCAGACAUAAUAAAUUUAACCGCAGCUGUAAGCAACCAAAGCGAAACAAACCCAGAAGAGGUUACUUCACAAGUAUCCCUACUUGGAGAUGACGACGAGUAUGAAACUGUAACCACGGACGUUGUUCAUUCAAACCAACAAUCUUGUAUAAUACCGAGAAGUCUAGUUGUUGUAACACUAUCAACAACCCAACCAAUUAUCCAAUUAUCACCGAGUAUCGUUAAAUCUCUAACCGAUUCCAACAGUAGUCAAACACUUUGUAGUAAUAGUCUGCUUGGUAAUGGUAGCGAAGUGAAAAGGAGUAUCAGCUGUAUCAUAAAUAAUAACGGCAGCACAGUUAAUAGUAACUUAACCAAUGAAAUUAAUGCACUUGGUCACAUUAGCAGUAAUAAUGGUAACACUUCUAAUAACCAGAUAAAUAAUAUUGACGAUAAUCAUAAUAAUAUUAAUGAAAAUGAAGAGGUAAAUGGUAAUCACAUUGAAAAAAGGAUAACUGUUAUUAGUGAAGGAAACAGAUUUAGUGAGGGCAGCAGUGUCGCUGUUACCAGUGAUAUUAGUCGAGAUGAUGCAAGUGGAGUUGUUAAUGUUACUCAAGAGAUUGAGCGAGUAACAAGACCAUCAUCAAUAACUAGAACAACUUCAACAAUAGUUACUUGUUUAUCAUCAUCAUCGUCAUCAUCAUCAUUAGUAUCACGAAGAGAGGAAGAAAACCAAUCACCAAAACAACCAUCUUCAAUUGGUGCGACAACAACAAGAGCAACAACUUGCACUGGAUUAGUUGGAGAGGAGGAAGACGAGUUAAUUGGUGUUGUAGGUGAAGACGAAAUAGCAGAAGUAAUAGAAGAAGUUAUAUCAACUGAGAGAGAUAUACCAACAGCAACGGUAAACAACUUUAGUGAGACUGGGCUACAAAGGAUCUCUGUUGUCAACAGCAACUUACAUCGUAUCAGUAGUUUAACAUCAACAGAAGGAGUAACAACAACAGGACCAGUGACUCGAUCAACAGAGACUGUUACACUACAACCACAAUCAACUUCAACAACAACUGUCUUAGUAUUACCGGUAAACUCGGUUGUUGUUCAAAGGCAUUCUCACCAACAGCUCAAUUUGCCUACAACCUCUCUAAGCCAUCAUAAUCUUUCCCACCAUCCAGAUCAUUUUCAAGAUCACCAUAGUCAUCAUCAUCAACAACAACAACUUUCUCAACAUUUAGGUGAUUCCAUUGUCAUAGUUGAUCCUAUUGAUUGUUCUGUUGGAUCAGUUGAUUCAGUAUUAGAGCCACCGGAAUUAUUACCUGCUCAUGAGAUUGUCUCAGAAAUAGCAGCGGUUGCCGCUGCAACUGCUGCUGGUGGCUCAUCGUCAUCAUCAACCAGUGAACUAGUUCAAGUAACAUCACCGCCAUUAUCUUCAAAUACAACUUCAAAUAAUCCAAUUACCAGCGAAAGUGUUGUGCUAGUUGUUGACGGAACUGAUCCUACCCUAGAUGAUACAUUAGAUAAUACAUUAGACGCCACUUUAGAUGCUACUUUGGAUGCUACCUGCGAUCCUUCAGUUACUAUAACUAGUGUUAGUGCAACCCAUUUACCUGUGACAACAAACACCAAUCCAACCUCUUCUACCUCUUCAUCAUCUGGCCUUCUAACUGGUCUUGAUUUAGUUGAAGAGGAGGAGGUUAACGAAGAAAUUGUCGACCAUAUUGGCGAAGAAGGUGAUAUUUGUGAUUCAUCAGUGUUAACUGAAGUUGGUGAAGUUAUUGUAGCCGUUGAAGAAGAAGAAGAAGAGGAAGAAGAAGAAGACGAAGAAGACGACGACGAGGAAGACGAGGAUAAUACUGUUGUUACACUUGACCCGACUGUUAUUGAUUCAGUGAUUGAUUGUACGCGAUCACGAAAUUUAACUGAAUCAUCAUCUGUAACAACAUUACCAAGAAUAUCUACUUUGCGUUCUUCGAGACGUCGAAAUAAAAGUACCAACAGUGCUUCAGGAAAGAAAAGGCAAACUGCCAAUUCAUCUAAAACAAAGAAAAAUACCCGAAAAGAUAAAAAUAAUAAUUGCAUUACAAGUAAUCGAUCAGGUUCAAACGGUGACUCAAUUGGACCAGUUUCAUCGCCUUCGUCAUCAACCUCAUCUUCACCUAUUGUAGACGAUCAAGCAAACAGUAAUACAAGUGAAACAAACAACAGAAUGAUUGAUGCAACAGAUUUCCGUGGUGUCCUCAACAAUGAGCCCACCUAUCAAACCCUAAACGGACGAAUGACUCCUCCCGGGUUUCCAACAUCAUCCUCAAGCUAUGCCACUUUAACACCUUUGCAACCCUUACCACCAAUCUCCACCAUGUCCGAUAAGUUUAGCCAUUAUGGUCAUCAUCAUGGAAAUGGUGGAUUCUCAUUGAUGCAAAAUGUAACCAGUACAGGCCUUGGGAUGGGUUCAAUGGCUUCAAAUUCAGUUUAUACAAGUCAAUAUGAUAAGAUGGUUGCCGUUGCUGCAGCAGGAAUGACAAUGUCCUCACCAUUGAACCAUUCACAGCAAUCUUCACCCACUGGAAGUCCCAUUAUGACCGGUGGACCCAACAACAAUUCAGCUUCUCAACAACAGCAACAUCACCAUCACCACCACCAUCAUCAUCAUACUUCACCUUCACAUCACUCUAACCAUUCAGCUGCAGCAGCUGCUGCUGCUGCUGCCGCGGCUGCCGCUGCCGCUGCUGCAAUGAUGACUUCAAGUUCAUCCAAUGGACUAUCGGGUUCCUCUCCACCUGGAGCUGCCACAGCGGGCUCAUCUUCCUCCCAUCAUCCUCACCACUCGAGUCACCUGCAUCUUGCCAGUUCACCAUCCUCGUAUCAUUCCAAUGGGCUUGCCUCACCCACCGAGAAAAGUUUAUCACCCACCAAUGGUUAUGAUUAUUCACAUUCAACCCGAGGAUUGGGUUCACCUUCAAGUCCAUCCUCUGUAAAUUUACAUUCACCCAAUUCACUGAUAACCUCUCUUAAUGGACUUCCCUCCAGUCCGACGCCACCGUCAUCUGGUCACCACCAUGGUGGCCAAAUGACACCCUCAUCACCUUCCCAUCAUCAUCAACAGCAACAGCAGCAACAACAACAUCAACAUCACCACCAUCAUCAACAACAUCAGGUUAAUUCGGUUGCUGUUGCUGCAGCAGCCGCAGCCGCAGCCCUUUCUAGUGCCCAGCAUCUUACUCUAGCCGGUAUUCCGGUAACAUCAUCUCAACUCAAUCAUCACCAUCAUCAUCAUCAUCCACACCAUCAAUUAUCAUCAAUAGUUUCAACUCCAGUGGCCGUUGUUGCCACAGCAAAUUCCCUCCGAUCGGCAUCAGUUACUCCCAUCCCAGCGGCAAUUGCACCAACUGGUCAUACCGUGACAAUUGUACAAGCUUCAUCCUCCGAAUCAGUUGAUAGUGAUCUUGGUUCAGCUUUAAUCUCUGCACCCGUUGCUGUAGUAACAACAGCAAAUGCAAUUGAAACGGUUGAAGAGAAAACUGUUAUCCAACAUCAUUCCGGUAAUUCUGUACAAAUUAAUGCAACCCUUUCACCGGUUCUUGUGACAACUGGAAAUAAACGUCAAACCUCAUUAAGUCUAUCGAUAAGCUCAAAGAGUGACAACAAUAAUCUUUCAGGGACUGUAAUAGCACCAACAGGACUUUCUGUAUCAACCUCAAUCUCAGCCUCUUCGUCUACGUCAACCUCUUCCUCAUCCAAUAACGCCAAUGCCAGUUCAUUAAACAAUAAUAAUAACAAUAAUAACAAUAGUAAUAAUAAUAAUAGUAAUAACAAUAAUAGCUCCAACAACAACGCAACUAGUAAUAAUGCCGUUAUAACCGGUAACAAUAAUAACUCCAGUUCAACGGCAAACAAUAAUGGAUCGCUUAACAUUCAACAGCCCGGUUCAGUGGCCAGCUCUUCAGCUGAUGAAAUUGAAGAAAUAAACACCAAAGAACUUGCUCAAAAGAUUAGUGCAGAACUUAAAAGGUACAGCAUACCUCAGGCCAUUUUCGCCCAACGAGUACUUUGCCGAUCCCAGGGAACCCUUUCCGAUCUCCUAAGAAACCCCAAGCCUUGGAGUAAACUCAAGUCAGGCCGUGAAACUUUUCGUCGAAUGUACAAAUGGCUGGAAGAACCCGAGUACCAACGAAUGACUUCACUUCGGCUUGCAGGUAAGGAUUUGAUUGCCUCUCUUAAUGUACCCGAUAUAAAUUGGGACCAAUCUUGCAAACGAAAAGAGGAACCUACUCCAGUAACUAGUAAACAAGCUUCAGCACCUAAAAAACCUCGUCUAGUUUUCACUGAUCUUCAACGUCGAACACUUCAAGCAAUUUUUAAGGAAACAAAACGACCUUCUAAAGAGAUGCAAAUAACCAUUUCACAACAGUUGGGUCUUGAUUUAUCGACAGUGGGUAAUUUCUUUAUGAAUGCUCGUCGUAGAUCACAAGAUAAAUGGAUGGAUGAUGCCUCAGAUAUUUCUAAACACUCAUCACCCCUCAACUCAGCCUCCAAUUCUCCUGCCUCAUCAGCCUCUCAUCACAUUGGUGGACCCAGUGGUAGCUCAUCGUCGAGAGGCGGAGGUGGAGGAGGAAAUAGUCCAACACAUGGAAAUAAUAACAACUCUGUUGUAAUUAAAGGAACCUCUUUAUCUGGUCAACCCACUUCUGUUGUUACAUUAGGGGUUGUUACAUCGACCACAUCUUCAUGCACAUAACAGCAGUCUUUGGCUAAAAAGUCUUUUAUCUCAAUGAGAUUUGAAUAAUAUCUUCAAUAAUCUUCUUCUUUUUAUGUUAAAGGUUGAAAAUUAUUUGCCCCUUCCCUCGAUAUCUGAGGAAAUGAGAAGAAAAACAAAUAUUUUAACCCUUUCUUCUUCUUUUUACAUCUUCAAGUGCUACUAAAUAAUUAGUAAAUUAGCUAAUUUAGACUCCGCUGUAAAUCUGGUUCAACAUAGAGGAUAAAGCGACAACAAAAGGUUUCCAGCUUGCUUUUUCAUCAUCUGAUAUGGAUCAACCUAGGAAAUAACGUUUCAUCUAGUCGAAAUCAGAGGUUGACUUCCUCGUCUAGUCCUAGCAAGUUGAAUCGUCUAUUCACCGGUGAAAACGAUUGUUUCAAUCAAAAUUGACAAUAUGGUUUCUCCAUCACUUUGAUCACCAUCUAAAUCACCUCCGUUUCCUUCUCUCAAACAUUCUCUGGUCUUUCUCUACUGAUUUGCUGAGCUUGACCCAACCAGCAGCAUCGCAAUGUAAUAUAAAUGAUAUUAUAAGGAUCGAUUCCUGAUCAACUGUGCAACUUACCCAAAGCCUUGAAAAAGAAGAUUUAAUAAUACAAAAACAAUUAUGAUAAUACAAAGUUAUUGGUACAAAAAAAGAAAUUUAAAGGCAAAGACAAGUUAUAUUCAAAUUAUAAAUUCAAGUUGGAUUUAAUCUGUUACUCUAAUCAGAGCUAACGUGAGCUGCUCAAAAACUAAAAUUGAAACCGGAUGAAAUGGAUGAUGCAAAAGAAAUAUUUAACAACCAAUUUUGAUUCUUCUUUUGAUUACAUCAAUGGAAAUUUAAUUAAUUAACUCUACCUUUCCUCUCUCUCCCUUUCUUUGUGGUUAUUUUUCACCUCAUUACAAUUUGGAACACAAAAACCACUCACUUACAUUUAUAAACGCAAAUCUCACAAUUAAUGAGAAAAAACAAAUUCACCAAAAGACAACCAACAUUUCACCGGAAAAAUGAUGAUAAGAACACAAUCAUCUUAACUCCUCAUCCAACUCAUCCUCAUAGCCAUUCUCAUCCUCAUCGCCAUCAUUAUCAUCAUUAUCUUCAUUUACAUUUGUAAGCUGAUAAUUAAUGCAGCUUGAAGUUGAUUGAAAGGAAAACCAAAACAUACAAAGCUGGAAAAAGAUGGAGAAGUUUCAAAACAAAACAAAAAGGAUAACCAGAUAAUUUUAAAUUAUAAUACGAAUAAUAAUAAUAAUAACAAUAAUAAUAAUUAAUUUGAUUAUUAUUAACUUGUAAUGAUAUAUUGUAUUAUUAUUAUUGUUAUGGUUUCUUCAAUUAUGGAUGAGGGCUAAGCAAGAAGACGACAGAAAGAAUCGACUUUAAUUAUAAACAAUUUCUCGAUAAAAAAACAUUAGUUUUAACUUAACUAAUCACUAUUACUAUUAUUGCUAUUAUUAUUUAUUAUUAUUAUUGAUAAUUAUUAUUAUUAUUACUAUUAUGAUUCUGUAUCAUUGUACUUAAUUGCUAUUGAACUCUCAUGUAUAUUAUCUGUACGAUUGAAUAUAGCAAAACAAAGGUAAAGCAAACCUUAACCUGGUCAAGUCAGAUUGCAAUCAAUCUGAAUUGACUAAUUGAUACUCAAUAGCACCACAGAUCGAUUCUCCUUAAUUCCCUUCAAACCUUCAACCAAUUCCCAAUCACCAUUUGAUUCUUGAUAAUUUUCUCAUUCCUUGAUCUCAAUUUCAAUCAUUCCAAGAUGUGAAUCCUCACUAUGGUCAUAUUUUUUGCUUCACUUACUUUGAUUAAUUUUAAUCACGUAUUUUAUGUCAACCAAAUCUUUCAAAGUCACACCAAUGUUCAACCAUUGUUAUUCAUUUCCAAAUUUUACCUUAAUUUUGUUUCUAGUCAUAUGUUUGAAAUACCUUUCGUUGUAUCGUUUAUUUUGUUUUUAUUUUGCUGUGAUUUUCAUUUAACUUUACCAAUGUUUUCAACAUCUUUACAUCUGUUCAUCAUUCAUCAUCAUUUCAUCAAAUUGGGAUGAUGAUAAUUCCCACUUGUUCAACAUUCUUGAUGAUCAUCUUGAUUUGAGAAAAAUGUUUAAUUUUGCUUUGAUGCAAUAGAAAAGCAAAGACACAUUAAUAAAAGAAUCAGAGUUUCAACAUUUUAUUUCUUAUGAUGAUAAAUCUAAUAUUAUCUUUCUGUUACUCCUAAUUCCGCUGACAAAGAAUAAAGUUAUAAUACGAAACAACAA